GCCCCGACCUGCGCGAUGCUGAGCCUCAAGUUACCCCGGCUGCUCAGCAUCAACCAAGUGCCUAAGGGGUACCAGGAGCAGGGGAUCCUCUUCGGGUAUCGCCCCCCCAGAAGCUCAGCAGCAGACUGCCUCCUCAGCGUCUUCCAAAUGACGAAUGAGACUCUAAAUAUCUGGACACAUUUUGUGCCUGCCUGGUACUUCGUGUGGACCCUGGUCGGGCGGCUGCAGGGGCCGGGGGGCCGGGAGGACCCCCACGCCUGGCCCCUCCUCGCCUACCUGCUGACCUGCUGCAUCUACCCCCUCGCCUCCAGCUGCGCCCACACCUUCAGCACCAUGUCCACCCGCGCCCGGCACAUCUGCUACUUCUUCGAUUAUGCGGCUCUCAGCAUGUACAGCUUGGGGUCUGCGCUGGCAUACUCGGCGUACAUUUUCCCAGCAGAAUGGGUCAACAGCACUUUCCACCACUGCUAUGUCCCCAUUGCAGUGUUUAACACUGUCGUUAGCACCAGUCUGUCCUGCUAUUCCAGGUUUCUGGAGGUGGAGCAGCCCAGGUUCAGCAAGGCUUCCCGCACGCUGGCCUUUGUGUACCCGUACCUCUUCGACAGCAUCCCUCUCUUCUACAGGUUCUACCAGUGCGCGGCGGAGGGCUGCACGGAGGCUGCGAUCCUGGUCCACUACAAGCACACCGUCUUUGCCUUCCUCACUUGCUUCAUCUUCGCUAGCCAUCUGCCAGAGAGACUUGCGCCAGGACACUUUGACUACAUUGGGCACAGCCACCAAGUUUUCCAUGUGUGUGGGAUCAUCAGCACGCACUUCCAGAUGGAGGCCAUCAUGAUGGACAUGGCCGAGCGCCACGACCGGCUCCUGCCCACCUCGCUGCUCCCCUCCUCCCUGCAGACUCUCGGGUCGAUGGGCAUCUGCAUGGCCGUGAGCCUGGCUGUCAUCGGGCUCUGCUCGAUGUCCCUGCGCUUCAUGCCAGAGCCUCUGCAGAGAGAAAAACCACACGGGCGUUAGCCUUUGGGUCAAGAU